CAAUUACGAAUAAUUGUAUGGCACACAAAUUAAUUAGGAAUUACACUUGUAAUUUAAUUUAGAUAUUAAAAAAACUUCGUCUUAGCAGAACCGAAACUAACCAUAAAAAACCAAACCUAUACUUGACCGAUUAACAUUUUAUUUCGACGAGUUUUUUAAACUUUUAUUGUUUCAUCAUAUUCGUUUUUACUCCUUAACCGCAGAUAAUCAAAGAUGGUUCGCGCGCUAACAAGUGUUGUUUUCUGUGUCAUUUUGAGCAGUUUUAAUGUAUAUGCUAUUCAGUUACCACCAGAAAUCCACAAGUGCGACCGUACUGCACCUGAUUUCAACGAAUGUAUGGUUAAAAGUAUAGGAGAAGCGACUAGAUAUUUCAGUAAAGGUUCUAAGGAUUUCGGUUACCCUGUCCUGUCGCCUUUUAGGAUAGAACGUUUAGAAAUUAAUGGAGAACCUGGAAAAUCUGUUACACUUAACCAAAAAUACGAUAAUGUAGUUAUGUAUGGCAUGACCGAAUCAACAGUAAAAUCAUUUAGUUUAAAAGAUGAUGGUGGUGUAUGUCUUUGGGAACUUGUGAUUCAUACCCCAUAUACUCGAAUGGAAGCGGAUUAUCAAAUGACAGGUCAAAUUUUAGUAUUUCCUAUUAACGGCCAUGGAAGAUGUAAUGUAACACUGACUGGCAUAGUUAAUAAACACACAGCCGAUUGCGAACAUUACACCAAGAAAGGCAAAUCCCAUAUGAAAUUAAAAAAUUAUAAAAUGGACAUGUCUACCGAGGGUGCCUAUUUUGAUUUUGAAAAUAUAUUUCCCGGAAACGAACAAAUAUCGAAAGAAGUGGGAAAAACAAUUAACGAAAAUUCCCAGGAGGUAUUCAACGAUGUCAAGCAAGGUUUUGAGAAAAUCUUGGCCGAGCUUCAUCAAAAUGCAGCUAACAGUGUCUUUUCGAAAAUUCCAGAAAAUGAAUUGUUUGUAAAAUAAGAGAAAUAAUACAGUUAUAUCUAUAUAAAAGACUACAAUACUCUGAAAAGAUGAAUAGAUGAUAGUUAUAGUACAUUAUUUUUUGAUUGUGAUUAAGAACACUAGUUAAGAGUAUUCAUUAAGAUUAUUUUUUCUUUCAAAAAUGUAACUUUUCCUCAAAUAGUAAAUAGUUAGGAACAGUAAAUAGUUAUUGGGGGUUUAUAUCAUUUAUACAUGUGUAAUAAUAUACAUUUGUCAAAUAUUGAUAUAUCUGUAAAUAAAUAUGGUAAAAUAUUAGAAAAUAUAAUGAAAAAAAAAUUACUGUAGAAAUAAAGAUAAUUGAAAUACAAA